UCGCAAGUGCGGCGGCCAAGCAUCCGAGUCUAGAGGAGCAUUAAAAGCUCUUUGGUGGCGCGGUGGUUCCUGGCACUAAAGUAAUCUAAUGAGCAACGCUACCCUCCCACGCCUCCGAAGCCUCCCUCGCUUGUCAAAGCCUAAUUCUGCAGGCGAGAGACAGCUGGGGCCUUUGUUGGAGCAGGGCACAUGGGACUCAGACACAAGUGUCUGUUCCUCAUUCAAUUCCUCCUUACAAUUCUAGUGGCGUCCUCAGCUAUUGAUUCCGUGCCUGAGAAUGGAUUUGACAGAUGGCGAGGAAAGGGACGGUGGAACAUGGAGGGUGAGGUGUACCGAGUGGCCGACGCCUCACAUCAACAGGCGAGAAACAUGUAUGUUUGGCGACGAGAGACACAAUGUCGCACCGCCACUCCCGUUUUGAGUGGCUUGUAGCUUCUGGUUGUCCAGCUAAUUGCGUCACUUUUGAUCGCAAUUUACCGUCCUGCUAGUUUCGCGCAAUGUCGUCCGGAGGUGGUGGUCUAAGUUUGGCGAGAGAGGAGCAGAGUACCUAUUCCUUGCUGACUCGAUUCGGAAGCAAACUGAAAUUUUUGACAAGCAGGACGGGGGGGCUG